CAAUGACUCGUUGGCUCGACCACUCCAGCUUUCCCUUUAACUACACUCUCCACGAUUGCUUUGGCUGGCCCUCCACACGUGUUUCCUCGUUCUCCCAAGGUCGCGGGACCCCAUCCGCCAUCUUUCAGAUCCCGAACGGUACGAUUAGGCGAAAGGUUCUGAAUGAUGCAGAUGACUCACGAACAAGGCUGAAAAGCACACCAUGGAUUUGUAAAGCAUCUCUGACGUGAUGGAGGAUCAUCUUCUAUGGGAAUCAUUAUUUUGACAUCUGUUCUAUAAAACGGGGAGACCCCUCCGCAACUUUUUUUUUGCAUCCACCACAGACCCAUCCAGUUCCUGGUUCCCUGCUUAACCGCAUUGUUCUUGGACGGAGUAUACAACGAGCCCCAGUGCGGUUGUCGACGGCUCCACUUUCUACUCUCCCUUUUUUUUUUCUCCAGGUCCUGCUUCUCAUUUAGCUUUUAAAGAAAACGAACCGCCGAGGUACAUUUUCUCAAUUUUUUUUGCUUGUCAACCCAAGAACCCAACAGUACACCGUGCAGGGUGUUCCAAUCAAGUCGCGAGUGCACGUCCUCGCGGGCCCCGCAUCCUUUAAACUCAACGGAGCACAAGAAGCACUCGCUCGCCCACAUUCCAUUCUACUCACAUCUGAUCGUCCGUGAAAGGCUUGAGAGCCUCCAAGAUCUGAACGCAAUGGCUGCCAGGUCUAUCAUGAGCCACGGCUCGGAAACGCUGGACGUCUUUACACGUCGAUCCCAACCUAAGAUCGAAAUUGAGCUGGUCGGUCAGAAGCCAGGCCUGGUCAAUUCCUAUACAACGGGUGACCAGAUCGAGGGCAACGUCAAGAUCACUGUGGAUGCCGAUACACGCUUUGAUGAGGUUGAAAUUACCUUCCAAGGGACAUCGCACACCACUGUCGAGCGGGCUGCAUGCCCCGGACGCACAGGAUCACAGCAGAUGUUCCUCAAGCUCCGCCAACCAAUUGAAGAGUCUGACUAUCCCUGCCCCCGAAUUAUGGAGGCAGGACGCACAUACUCCUUCCCAUUUACCUUUGUGGUACCCGAUCGUCUCCUGCCACAGGUCUGCACCCAUGCACGAACCAAUAUCCACAUUCACAACGCCCACACUAUGCUCCCGCCUACCUUGGGAGACCCUAUGCUCGCUGGCAAUGGCAAGACUUUGCUGGAUGAUAUGGCUCCCGACAUGAGCCAGAUCUCAUAUAUCGUGCGCGCAGCGGUAUUGAAGAGAUCCUCGACCGACCACGGCAACCUCAAAGCCAUGGCCAAUCUUGCGAAGAAGGUUCGCAUUAUCCCGACUGUGGAAGAGGAGCCCCCAAUCAACGUGGCCGAUCACACCUAUUAUUGCACCCACAAGGAGAAGAGUGUUAAGCGCGGGUUCCUUCGAGGCAAGCUCGGCCGUUUGGUAGCUUCCGCGUCGCAGCCCAAGCCAAUUCGCUUGCUGCCUCCCAGCUGCGAGACCAGUGAUACGGUCAGCACUAUGACAUCAGUCCACCUCCGGUUCGACCCCGUGGGUGAUGAACAACCACCAAAACUCGGCUCGAUGACCAGCAAGAUCAAGGCCAGCACCUUCUACAGCGCAGGACCUUGGGACGAUUUCCCAAUGCAUUCUGGCUCAACCCCCAUCUCCCAAGUUGGCCAAGGUCUUUUCACCGAAUCCGUUCCCAUCUCCAACAUGUGCGUUGCCUCUGCAAAAUGGGUCAAGCACGUUGCAUCAACCGAGUGCGAACGCCGCGACUCCUUGCAAUCCACGACCUCCGACGACUCAACCGGCCCAUCAACCUCUUUAUCCCGCGAUACCUACUACACCGCAUCAGUAGUAAUUCCCAUCAGUCUCCCCAAAACAAAAACCUUCGUUCCAACCUUCCAUUCUUGUCUUAUCUCGCGCACCUAUUCGCUCGAUCUAUCAUUGACAUAUCACACGCCGGGCGCCAACGUACUCACUCCGACCGUCUCCCUCCGUCUCCCUAUCCAAGUCAUCACACAACCAAAGUAUGCAGAAUCUCUCAAGUCUGAUUUGGGCAUGAUUGUGACACAAGAAGAACUGGACGAAUUCUUCCAGCCACGCUCAGUUGCCCCCGUCAACGAGUCGGUUGUCGAUGUCAGUCUUGCGCCACCUGAGUAUUCGGCAACGGUUAUUAGCUCGGGCUUGCGAGGCUUGCGCACCGCCGUUUGAUCAUUCCUUUCUUUUGCGAAGACAUGACCAUCUAUUUGUUUUCUGGAUUCUGGCUUAAUAAUUCGCUAAUACCCCGUGGCCUAUACAAAAGUUCAUUGUGCUUUUCACGUCUUUGUUGUUGAUUUGGUGUUUGCAUGGCAUUUUCUUACAUUACUGAGUCUGAGCCUGUCCGUUUUAUGGUCUUUGAUGGAUAUACCCCUUUCGUUUCCUUUCUUUGUGAUCAGCGCGAUAUCAUGUUUGUCAUUACAGUUCCUGAGAUUUUUACGUAAUCAAUAAAUGGAGAACAGAAUCUAAACCCAGA